UAACAAAACAAAAAUGCGUUUAGAAAUACCAACUUUUACAAGAUGUUGUUGCUGUUUCCCUUUGCGUCGCGGAAUCAUCAUUCUGGGAUACUUGAGCUUGGUAUUUGCAGUUUUUGUAAUUUGGUUGGAAACACAGAUGACACAGAACUGGUCGGAUGUUACAAUGACCUUAUUCAGAGGUGCAAGUUUCUCAGUUCAAAAAUGGUUGCCAAUUUUCUUGUAUUGCAUUGAAAUUGUAUUUGUAUUAAUUCUGCUGGCUGGAGCUCAUACGAGGAGACCUAACCUAAUUCGUGUGUACUAUUACUACGGUAUAACGACCACUGCGGCGGCCCUGGCCGUCUAUAUUAUGCUCACUAUGCCGAGGAGGAUUCAACCGUUCUACAGCUACUACGUCAUUGAAAUAUGUAUCAUGUUUGCUGGGCUCGUGACUCAAGUAUACCUCCUGCUCCUGAUACGCAGCGAGCUACGGAAACCCCGCGGGGCCCAUCGCAUCAACCACCUAGCUGAAGUUUGAGGGCACCCAGCUGACAUAUUUCGGCAUCUACAAUUUC